AUGUGUGUGUGCACCAUCGUGCUGACUGUAGCUGCAGCAGCCUCAAUUCUUGGUAAUGUCGAAUGUGUAUCCACUACUGGCGCUGUGGACAUUGACGCCCUUGCAACGACCAUUACCACGGGUCUUCAUACGCCAACUGUUGCCGGGCAGAGUGGUUCUGGCGUCCAGCGACGUCUGAGAAAGCAUGAGGCUGCCCAUGGUGAUUACGACUUGGAUCAAGAUUCGAGUAACGAAGAAAGAGGUGGUGAUGAUGUUAUGGCCAAGGCAGUAGGUUUUCUCUUUAAGGUCUUCGAUGACAUGGACAACACGGCGAUCAAGGGGGAAGCCAACGACAUCAUCGGAAUGAUGGUUAUGGAAAAGAAAUGGGGGAAAGACGACAAAAUUGAUGGUAUAAUCAAAAAGGUGACCAACGGCAAAACUGUGGAGGAUGCGGCGGCAGCUGAACGGUAA